AUGGCAAUGAAAGAUAUGGCGUUCACUGAAUACAUAUCUUCACUACGCCAAAUCUCAAUUUCGGAAGAUAUCCGCAUUUCACAUGGUUCUGAAAACAUGAGGAAACGAAGGCGGGUUGCUCAACAUUAUUUGACCAGAGGCAAAAUGAAGUUGACUCCUGAAGAUAUAUCACUCUUGUGCAAAGGCGAUUCGACCAUUGCAAUUAAGGAAAUUAAAAGCAGUGUACUGCAUGCACAUCCAUAUCUGAGAUCGUACGUGUACGUGAAACCCACAGUUUGUGGGUAA